UCGCACGUACUAUAUCAAUAGCAAAUCAUAGAGAGCCAGUUGUCCAGGUCGAUUAAGGUUGUCAUUCCACGGUGAUGAUGAUGAUAUCGACAACAGGGGUGAUUGCGACAGCGAAGGCACAAAUUUUUUAUGGCGCUGAUCACUGCCGACGGAGAUUACGAGUGCUCACCUUGUCGUGACUGUCGGCAAUCGUGUUUUAUUUGUCAACGUUGUUUUGUUUUCGUUCCACUCAUAUGGAUGAUUAUCAAUGUUGCCCUGAUUGUUGAUUUUUAUUUUUUUUUGUUUAACACAAGCGUUUAAUUACUAUAAAGAAUGGGUCAAUAUCAGAUAAGUUUAGAAAAAAAGACUGAAACUAAGACAUCAACAAAAUGCAAGCAGAAACAGACGAUCUUUGUUCUUUCGAGGAAUUGGAUGGUACCUUUAUACCAGUUGAAAUUUUACCAUGUGAUAUGGCUACACCCAGAGCUCGGAGUUCAGAUGCCUCAUCGAUAGUAGAAUUAGGAAAACAACUUUUAGAAAGUGCCAGGAAAGGAGACACUGAAAUGGUCAGAGACCUUAUGUGUAGAGGAGCACCAUUUACAACAGAUUGGCUUGGAACAAGCGCCUUACACUUAGCUGCUCAAAAUAAUCAUGUAGAAACUGCUGAAGUAUUAUUAAGAGCUGGAAUCUCCAGGGAUGCUAGAACAAAAGUUGACAGAACACCAUUGCACAUGGCUGCUUAUGAAGGUCAUCAUCAAAUGGCACAGUUACUUCUCAGCUAUGGAGCAGAAGUUGAUAGUAGAGAUAUGCUUCAAAUGACACCACUACAUUGGGCUGUUGAAAAAGAAUUUGAAGAGGUUAUGUUGGUACUUUUAGAGCAUGGAGCAGAUCCAAAUGCUUUGAGUAAAUUUGAUAAAACACCUGUAACUCUUGCGGUUGAACAUGAUCGAACAGAUUUAGUCAAUAUGUUACAACAAGAAAGAGAAAUUAUGAAUAUCCAACAAUCUCAAAUACAGUCAGCUGAAAUUGAGGCAGCCACUCAAAAUUUGAUUCAAAUGGAAGCUGAAAGGCUAAAAGAGGAACAAGAGAGAAUUCAAUUGGAAGAACAGCAGCAUAAGCAAAGGCUUGCCCAAUUAGCUGCAAAUAAAAAACAAAAAAUGUCCUAUCAAGCAAUUAGGAUGAAACCAGUAAAUGAAAGUGAACAAAUGAAGGAUGGCUUACAAAGGUUAGAGGGGAGAAAUGUGCACCCUGUGAACAAAAAACAAAGAGAAAUUAUCAAUCUAGGAGAACAACCACUUAGAUUAUUGCAAGCUCAUGGUAUUACUAUGAUUCCAAUGGAAAAUGAUUCAACAAUUGUUGAAAAUGCCAUGGAAAGUGGUCAAACUGUGGUUUUAACUGAAGCUGGAAAACUGGCUCUAAAUCUUACGAGGUCGAAUACUCUUAAUGUAUCACCAAUUAAACGGUUACAAGUUGGCACAAAAAAAGGAUCCACGAGAAAGUUAAUCACGAUAAGAGCCGAUCAAUUUUUAGGUCAAAAUUCAACACCAAUGAUGUCAAAAGGGCCAAAUAUUUUGAAAAAAUCGUCUACUGACAUAAAAGCAGGAAAUAAAAUCUUUCUUACGCCAAUCGGAAAUGCAAAUUCAACUAUUCCAGCUUUUACAGCGACUAAACCUACGAUCACCUCAGUAAAGCAGAAACCGGUAAUUUCUAAGGAACCUGUACUUUUACAAAUAGAUGAUGAUUUGGAAGAAGUGUAUGAAGAAGAGCAGAUCACGGACGUGGCUGAACUUAAUCGAAAAUUAGCAGAAGCCCGAAAAGAAGCUGAAGAAUAUCGACGUCAGUUAAAGAAAAAGGAAGAAGAAGCUGAAAUAUACAAGCAACAGUUAAAACAUUUGACUGCUCAAAAAGCCAUGAUGAAGUGAUUUACACAGUGCCUCUUCAUUAAGUUUUAAGAAAAAUGUGAACUCUAAAUAAGAAACUAUAACUUAGGAAUCGGUUGAAAUUUGCCUUAUAAAAUUGUGCAAAUUUUGAAAGAACUGAUUGCAGUGAUAUGCAUUUGUGAAAAAUGAAAAGAAAAUGUUUUAUUAAGGAACCUUGGACUAACAGAGCGACAUUGCAUUUUGUUUUAAAUUACAAGUGUCGCUUUGCGUGUAAAUAUUUUAACACGUUUCAUACACAUACGUAUUCAAAAAUACUAUGAAAAUUAGAUUUAUAGUCAAUUUUUGCUGAGAAGCUUGACUUUACUUAAAUAAGUGAAUCUAUUUUUUUUAAUAUUUCAAUUUGGACAAUUUUCAUGUGUCAUUCCAUAUUUUUCCUACUGUCUGUAACUUCCAUAUGUCAUAUUUAUACAUACGUGUCAAUAGAUUUUUUCAUUAAUCAUCUGUAAAACAAAUUUCGAAGAAUAUCUGAAUCGGACAUGAAAUGUUUGAAAUUUGAAAAUUGUCCAACUGUAUAAAAUGGAAAAAGAAGGUAACUACUGUCAUUAGUAAUUACAAAAAAAUGAAAGUCGUAAUGUUUUUAUAGCCAUAAACGUUGUACAUAUUUCAAAGAAAUAACUAUAUGAUAUAUAUAGAAUUUGGAAUGUGUAAAUGUAUAUGUCGGACAAAAGAAAAAGCAAUGAUCUAUUGAAUCCUCAACUGGUUGAGAGAAAAAAAUUAUGUAAAAUAGUACAGAAUCAUCUAUAAAGAAAUCUACGUUUGUACCUCUUAUCACGCAAUAAUAAAAAUUUUUAUAUCAGAAAUGUUUUCUUAAAUUAAAAAUUGUUUAGUAUUCAUAUACGAAUAUCACUA